AUGCCAUCAUAGGAUUAAUUAUUAUUUCUCAAUACACCAAGUCAAAUUAUACUGAUAUGUGACAGAUAUGUAACAAUCAACAACUCUGUCAUAGUGAAUGCACUAAUUUACAGAUUGCAGGAGGGAUUGUAUACUUUUAAGAGGAAAAAGUUUACAAUACCUCAUUUCAAAUUUAUUUCCUCACUUUAAGGUUCAUAUAGUUGUCAAGUGUGGAGAAUUGGUUUUUAGGAAUAAUUCAUUAUCUAAUUUGGAUAUGGAUGCUUAAACUAAGUAUUCCAGCCAGAUUAAUAAUUUAGAUUCAAUCUUUAAUGUAACAAAAAAGUACAUUAUAACUAAUAUUGA